AUGCCGGAAGGAGAGAGCGAUAGAACCAAGCGCGUCAAGCGUGAGCUUGAUGAGGAAGAUAAAGGGCCGGAUACCCAUGUUUCGUCCACAACAACGAAGAAGAAGAAGAAACGGCCACUUCCGGAUUUCCGAGAUAUACCCACACCGGGGCACUACCAAGUCUCCUUUAUGCAUAGAUCUGUGGUGACCCAUGUCAUUACGUCCUGGAAACAUGCAUAUGUGGUCACUGCAUCCAGCGAUGGAAUUGUGAAAUUUUGGAAGCGUACUCAGGUUGUUCCACCCGAAACCAAGGGCGACGAUCUCAAGAAAGACAAGGGCUCCACACCAUGUCUUGAGUUUGUCAAGAGCUUUACAGCUCAUGUCGGUCCGGUUUCAGCACUGGUCAUGGAGGAAGUAGACGCUGAUGUUUGUGUGUCUGUUGGGCAUCAGGACGGCAUCAUUAAGCUCUACGACGUUUCGACGUUUGAUGCUACUGCCAUGAUCAAAACCAAGGAACCCAUUGGUUCUCCCCACGCAUCCUUCUUUCGGACUGUGACAACCAAAGGAUUAUUUCUGGCAGUGGCUUCAUCUCAAAAGUUGGAUGGCAGGAUCUUUGUUUUCUCCAUGGAUGACUCCAAUCUAGGAUUAGUCCAGACCAUCCAAUUGCACGCGACAGCCACCAUUACUGCAAUGGCAUACAAUGCACCGAAUAAUGCCAUGUAUUCAGCGGAUUCCAAGGGUAUCUUGGAGGUAUGGGAUUGCAGUGGGACGAACAGCGACAAUCAUACGGAAGCACAAGCAUCGACCGACAAUGAGGAUGACCCCAACCACAACGACUUGGCUGCAAGAACCAUCAGUGUGGGGGCGCCGUGCACAACCAAGGUUAAUGGUAUCAGCUACGCAUCCAAGAUGGAUACCCAACUCUAUCAACUGGUCAAAAACAAGACCUAUGCCAUUGCCAUGUGUGUCCUUCCCAAAACAGGAACUCAUGUAUUUGUCUAUGGCGCCGACAAUCGAAUUCGGAUUUUCCAUCAUGCUUCUGGAACUGUGGUUGUGAAAUAUGAUGAACGACUCACAGUAUACGACAAGUCAUUUUCCAAAUACAAUAUGGACUCCAUGGACUAUGGGAAACGAGCCGCUACAGAGCGCGAAAUGGCAGGCACAAGUAUGUGGAAAGGAACGGACGACUCGUCGUCGAGCAACAAUGCCCUGCUACAACGCUUAUCCCUGCAGGUGGACCCGUCAGGGCGAUAUUUGCUCUUGCCAACACUACUCGGGGUGAAAGUGAUCGACUGGCAGCGCAACAAACUAAUAAAAAUUGUUGGAAAGUCGGAUGCAAGCCAGCUGAGAUUCAUUGGAGUGUGUCUGUGCUGGGGAGAUGCUAAAAUCAAUCGACAGAUGCAAUUGGCUCGGGGUGUCGCAGCGCAGUCAUCAGAUGCCAAGGAAAAAUCUGCCGAGGAUGGGAUCAAAAUUGAAAGCGAUGCUCUGAUUGUGACGCUGGCAUAUGACAAACGUCGUUUCUACGUCUUUAGCCACUUGGAUCCAUUGAAACAGGCAGACGAAUCGGAGAACGAUACAACCGCAGAGAACGAUCCCGCUGCAAGGCGUGAUAUUUGGAACGAACCACCAACAGCGGAAGAUCGUUUGGGAAUGCGUGCUGGCGAUAUGGGCGGACAGUACCAAGAUGAAGCUUCCAGCAAGUUGGGAAGUACCGCGAUCCUCCGAACCACAAUGGGAGAUAUUCACAUCAAACUAUUCACAUCCGAGGUCCCAAAGAGUAUUGAAAACUUUUGUGGGCAUGCGAAAUCAGGUUACUAUGACAAUGUCAUCUUCCAUCGAGUUAUCAAAGGUUUCAUGAUUCAAACAGGAGACCCGCUUGGAGACGGCACAGGAGGAGAGAGCAUCUGGGGCGGAGAAUUCGAAGAUGAAUUUGUCAGAGAUCUAAGGCACGAUCGUCCCUUUACAGUCAGCAUGGCGAAUGCAGGACCGGGAACAAAUGGGUCGCAGUUCUUCAUCACCACAGUGCCGACUCCUUGGUUGGACAAUAAGCACACAGUGUUUGGCAGGGUUGUGAAAGGGAUGGAUAUAUGCCUUCUGAUAGAAAAUGCAAAGACGGAUGACGGAGACAAGCCACUGGACGAAAUCAAGAUUCUGAGCAUUGACGUAGAGUAG